GAUGCUCCGGCCCUCGCAUGACUCAUCUGAUUUACCUGAGAUGAACAAGGAAACAGGUUGUUAUUCUGCCUCACUGAGAUGACACACACACACACACACACACACCCACACACACACACACACACACACACACACACACACACACACACACACACACACACACACACAAUCAGAGACGGACCAACACUUCUACUGAGAGAGGACAUCUACAGGAGGGAGUACUGGGAAUACUGGGACACUACCACUUCAACCAGCUGCUGAAUCCACAAACUGAAGAACAAAGACUCAAUGUGAACACUACACCACUGCUGUUGCAUCAGUCUACAUAUCCAGCAUCACCACUCAGGAAUGAGACACACCCCUGUGUUACAGGUGAAGCAACAUUUAGCAGAAGAGGCGUGACAGAGCUCCACCCCUCACCUGAGACAAACCAGGAAACAGUUUGUUCUUCGUCCUCACUAAAGAGACACAGACUGAAAAACAGAGGAUCAGAUUCACCUUCAGACCAAACUAACAACUUCCUCUGAGUGAGUUCAGCUACAGGAGAGAAACGUGGAAAACUACAACACUGCUGCUUCAACCUGCUGACUCUCCACACGCUGAAGCUUCACUCAGAGACUAAAUGGCUUCCAGAUCAGAGAAGGAUCUCUGCUGUCCGGUCUGUCAUGAAGUCUUUAGAGGUCCUGUUCUUCUGUCAUGUAGCCACAGCUUCUGUAAAGACUGUCUGCAGAGCUGGUGGACAGAUAGACCAAUCAGAGACUGUCCAAUUUGUAAGAGAAGAUCUUCAAAGGAUGACCCACCGUUAAACCGGGUGUUGAAGAACCUGUGUGAGUCCUUCUUACAGCAGAGAGAUCAGAGAGCUUCAGAGGCUCUCUGCAGUCUGCACUCUGAGAAACUCAAACUCUUCUGUCUGGACCAUCAGCAGCCAGUUUGUGUCGUCUGCAGAGAUUCAGAAAAACACUCCAACCACAGAUUUAGACCCAUCGAUGAAGCUGCACGACAACACAAGAAGAAACUUCAGGAAACUCUGGAGCCCUUAAAGGAGAAGUUGAAGGUGUUUCAACAAGUUAAAGUGAAGUUAAAUCAAACAGCAGAACACAUGAAGGGCCAGGCCCGACUCACAGAGACACAGAUUAAGGAUCAGUUUAAGAAGCUUCACCAGUUUCUAGAAGAGGAAGAGGAGGUCAGGUUGGCUGCACUCUGGGAGGAAGAGGAGCAGAAGAGUCAGAGGAUGAAGGAGAAGAUGGAGGCUCUGAGCAGAGAGAUAGCAGCUCUUUCAGACACAAUCAGAGCCACAGAGGAGGAUCUGAGAGCUGAAGACGUCUCAUUCCUGAUCAACUACAAGGCUGCAGUGGAAAGAGUCCAGCAGCGCCCCCUGCUGGAUGAUCCACAGCUGCUCUCAGGAGCUCUGAUAGACGAGGCCAAACACCUGGGCAACCUGAGCUUCAACAUCUGGAACAAGAUGAAGGACAUGGUCUCCUACACUCCUCUGGUUCUGGACCCAAACACUGCUCAACCAAACCUCAUCCUGUAUGAAGAUCUGACCAGUGUGAGACAAGGAGAGUAUAAGCAGCUUCCUGAUAAUCCAGAGAGGAUUGAUAAUUACUACUCUGUCCUGGGCUCUGAGGGCUUUAACUCAGGGACUCACAGCUGGGAUGUCGAGGUUGGAGACAGUAUAGGCUGGGCACUGGGUGUGUUAGCAGAGUCUGUCCAGAGGAAGGGAGACAUAGGGUCUGGAUUAUGUUGCUUAGGGUUCAAUAAAGGUAAAUACUCAGCAUUGUCAGCACCAGAUCCAUCCACUGUUCUCAGAGUAAAGAAGCAGCUCCAGAGGAUCAGAGUGACUCUGGACUGGAACAGAGGAAAUCUGUCGUUCUCUGAUCCUGAUAAUAACACACACAUACACAGCUUCACACACACCUUCACUGAGAGGAUGUUUCCAUACUUUGAAACUAUGGAUAAAGUCCCAGUGAAGAUAUUACCAGUGCAGGUCUGUGUGACUGUACAACAGGAAUAGAUUAUUUUCGGGAUUUAUCUAAAAAGAUCAAACAGAUAAAAUAAGUAAAUUUGGACCAGAAAUGAGUAUGUGAUUGACAGCAGCUUCAAAUGGGUUUUGGUGGUGGGAGGG